GAUUCAUGCACCAAAUUUCGAGGAAAUGCAGCAACCCCAACGAUAACGUUUCCCUAUCUUUUCCAUCAUAAGCAGCAAAAAUGCAUCUUCUGUACCUGGUUGCGCUGUUUACAUUCUCCUGCAUGGUGAAUGGGUUAGAGUACGUUAUUUUCGGAUCACGCUCUAUCCGAUCUAACAGCACGUUUCCGGUGUCGAUUCUGGUGAUAAAUGCCACGUCUAAUGUUAGCAUCGAAAUGUCGUUAACCGUGCCCGGCAAUUUGUCAGCCAGUCCUUUGACAUUCACAACAGCGGCUGUUCUGCAACCGGAUAAGCUGACGCAUCCGGAAAUUCAUGUUGGUGACCUUUCACCGGCUAUAACCGAGAACUUUACGCUGCACAUCAACGGAUCCGACUCUUCGGAAUUCUUCCACGCCAUGUAUGCACCGCCCGUUCAGAUCAAGUCCGACACGACAGCAAGAAUCGAGAAGGCCGCACGAGCACCGCCUGCCACUAACCGCACCCUGCUGCAGACCGAUCAACCGACGUACACCGCCAACAGAACAGUGCGAUUUCGUGUUGUGACAGUGCAGUUGGUCAACUACCAACUUUGGCCUGUAUUUAUACCGGUCAAUGUUCAGAUUGUGGAUCCGCAAGGCAAUGUUGUUAAACAAUACAACAUCAGCAGCAGCACGGAAGUAAUUGGCUACUUUGCUGGCGAGAUUCAACUAACCUCGGAUCCAUUGCUGGGGACGUGGACAAUCCGUGUGAUAAAUGCGUCUAGAGAAUAUCCUGUCCCUGAAACGACCACAGGAAUAUCCCCAACCUGGGAAUAUCCUUGUCUUUUUGGAUGUAAUUGGGAUGUGGACGGCGUACACGAACCAGAUCCCGUUCUGACCAGUACGACAUUCGUGGUCCAAGAACCGACUCAAAGUCAUAAGGCAGCCGAUGAAUCCGGUCAUUCAAACAAAACCUUGCCGAAUGUUGUGCCGCCAUUUCACGUGAAUAUCACUACUCCAAGGAAAUACUUCACUCUCUCCCUGGACAACGAAAUCCCGUUUAACGUCGCUGUAAACUACGCAUCCGGAAGACGGGAACCAGUUAAGGGAGUUUUUGACAUUGCCGCCCUCCGACCGUCCGAGUCUCAAAGCAGCCUGAGCGAUGAAACUCAGUACUUAUCAGUAUGGAACAUAUCCAUACCUGCAAACAAUGAUGGUGAAGCAUCCGGGUUAGUCCCGCUGCAGCAACUGUCGAGCGGCGCAAGCUGGUUAUCCACAGCAAUAAUUCGUGCAAAUUUCACGGAAGCGGCGACCGGCACAACCGAAAGCGCUGUCCGAGCUGCUGUGUACUUUACGCCUGAACGAUAUCGAGUCCAUUUCGGUGACGAGCCGCUGGAGUCCAUAAUCACAGAGAAGCCCUACACAUUCACACCGGGAUUUCCCUAUCGCAUAUCGGUGCGUAUUCUGGAUUACGACGGCCGGCCGCCGCCGCUCAGCACUACGAAAGCGGAAGUAGUUGCGCACUACUUCAAAUACAACGGCGCGGGACAAUGGUCGCCACUAUCGUUCCAAGGCGACGUGCGCUGUGCUGGGCUGGUGACGCCUCCAAUGUUCGUUGGCGGCACCGCAUCAGAUUUUAAUCCUAUGGAUUUUACCUUUUGGGUUUUAUCUGUUCACCGGGAUUGCGAUCCUCCCACAACAUGGCUGGCAAAUGUAGCCUCCGACGGAACCAUCAGCCUUGAUAUUCCUACGCCUCGCAACGCGGAUUUUCUGGUGGUCAGAGUUUCUUACAUGAAUCAAACACCGCGCCUGUAUCCAUCGUUUCACAUGGCCUUUGGCAAACAAUCACGGAGCGGUAGCUUCCUGGUGAUCAGCCAGGUCACGACGGAAUUGCGAACUGGGAAGGAGGCGGUGUUUUUUAUUGACACCACGGAUAGGAGCAUGGAACCAGUUCAUAUUCUGGUGUUGUCAAGUUCCGAUCCCAGUUUUCUCUGGACCGCAUCCAUCUUGAAUCCCGGUCCGCGUGUAACGGUUAGCGUACCAAUGAUGGAGCAAAUGGGAUCAACAGGACGUCUCUUCGCUUACUAUGUCCGCAGUGACGGUGAUCUUGUUGGCGAUAUCAUGCAGCUGACAGUUGAGAACGACCAGAAACCAUCCAAGGUUACCGUAUCUGUCGCAACCAAGAGUGGCUUGCAGUACGCUCAGCCCGGGGAAGAGAUCACCGUGCAGGCACACGCCAGUCCGUUUUCCACGGUGGCCUUCCUCGCCGUGGAUGAGAAUACGUUGCGGAAGAAUCCAGGCACCAAUAUAACGGCUGAAGUUGUCAAGCUCACAAGAAAACCGGGAAAACCGAAUCCCCAGUUUUUGUUGUCGGUUCUGGACCGUUUUAUGAGACCGCUGGAUACCGGCCCCGUACGCCAGUUCUUUUAACCAACACCAACCUAUCCACAUCCAAUAUAUCAACAAAAUUAUGGGAAUAUAAGAACUAUUGCAUUGGUGGCGACGUGGGACCAGGCUGUGGGGAACAACGGUUUUUUCUUCUGCCUGAUGGCACCUUCGGUCGCUCAUGGGACGACAAAUUCCACUAUCCGGAUUGGCCGUUAUCACCGCAGUUUGACGACAAAACUCACUCCAGUUUCCUUUUCACAUCCGCUGUAGCAGAAGCUAACGGGAAUGUAAUAAUAAAAAGUAAAGCACCGGAUGCUAUCGGCACAUGGCAGAUUUCGGCUUUCAGCCUGAGCAACACAACAGGAUUAACGGUGUCCACGAAGCCAUUCAAACUACACGUGCUUCGACCGCUUCUCAUUUCAUUCGACCUACCGUCCACCAUCGUACGCCGGCAGAACCAUACUAUCGAGGUGGUCAUGUAUAACUUCAUGGCAAAAAACCAAAAUGUCACUGUUAUGCUGGAGAUGCACAAUCCGGACAACACCACAGCGUCCUUCAUGCAACAUGUCGCUUCUCAGCCAGAAGUACCAGCAGUCGCUAUCUUUAACAUAAUGCCGGAAAAUGUUGGUGACGUGCGCGUUAAGGUUACAGCAAAAUCUGAAUUGGCGUCCGACCAACUGGAAAGAAUCCUUUCAGUCAUUCCAUAAGACGUGUUUUGCUAUUACAAUUUCAGAGUUUAUUUAAAAAGCUGCUUUGUGUGGUUUUUCUUUGAAAUGAUCGCGCUAACGAGGCGACAGCCCAGAGAAGCUACGAGCGCUAUUUUGUGAGUUUGUUUGCGCAGUACAGUAUGCAAUUCAUAUUUGUACUAGCCUAAUAGUCACCGUGAUUAUACUCGGUCAGCUCGAUACGAUGAUAACAGUUGUCAUCCGUUUAUGACAGUGAACUACUCAUAACAGUUAAAUUUCCCGCUUUUAAUGGAAAAGAAACGAAGACAUGGCACAUUAUAGCAGAGUACGUGUACUUGCUGUGUGGCAAAGCUGG